AUGUGGUGGUUUAUUGCAAUAGCAUAUCUAAUACAAGCAACUGCAAGCUCAGAAGGAUUAAUCAGGAGAAAAAGAGAUCUGAAUCCUGAAACUCACAUGAAUGUGAGUCAGAAAAUUUGCCACAGAGGAUACCCCAGUGAGGAGUAUGAGGUCUUGACAGAUGAUGGCUAUUAUCUGAUGAUGAACAGAAUUCCUUAUGGAAAGAAAAAUACUACAGUCAAAGGUCCAAAACCUGUUGUUUUACUUCAACAUGGAUUUCUUGGAGAAGCUAGCCACUGGGUCGAAAAUAUGGCCAACAACAGCCUCGGUUUCAUUUUAGCAGAUGCUGGCUAUGACGUUUGGCUAGGGAACAACAGAGGAACAAGCUGGUCUCAAAGAAACCAGCAUUUCUCAGCUGACCAAGAUGAAUUCUGGGAUUUCAGUUUCCAUGAAAUGGCCAUGCAUGACCUUCCAGCAAUGAUAAACUUUAUCCUGAAGAAAACUGGACAGAAACAAUUGUAUUAUGUUGGCUAUUCUCAAGGCUCAACUCUUGGUUUCAUAGCAUUUUCAACGGUGCCAGAACUGUCUCAAAAAAUCAAAAUGUUCUUUGCUUUGGCUCCAGUGAUUUCUGUUAAGCAUGUCCUGAGUCCUAUAUUGAGACUGUUAUUCUCAAUUCCUGAAGACACUGUGAAGAGAUUACUUGUUAGAGAAUACUUUUCAUUCUCACACCAACCUAUGAGAGACUCUCUCACCAAGUUUUGCAGCAACGAAUUGAUAAAGAAAAUUUGUGCACAACUCAUUUUCUCUUCAGGUGGAUUCAAUGCAUCAAAUAUAAAUAUGAGCCGAGUGGAUGUGUAUGCAGCUCGCUAUCCAGAUGAAACCUCGGUUAAAAACAUUCAGCACUGGAAACAGCUGGGAGAAUCAGGAUUAUUCAGAUAUUUCAACUAUGGGAGUGAGAAUCAGGCAAAAUAUAACCAGAGCUGUCCUCCCACAUAUAAAAUAGAAAAUAGUAUUGUUCCAACGGCAGUAUGGUCUGGUGGAAAUGAUUUGGUUGCAGACCCAGAAGAUAUGGAGAUCUUACUUCCUCGUAUUACUAACCUAGUUUACUAUCAAAAUGUGUCAGACUGGAACCACUGGGAUUUCAUCUGGGGCCUCAAUGCCCCACAACGCAUGUACUACAAAAUCACUGAAUUGAUGAACAGGUCUCUAUAA